AUGCUUCGCAGUCCACUUGGAAAAAUGCAUUAUAAAAAUAAGAGCAACGUUCAAAAAGCCGACAUUGAAGAUGUUGUAAAAUUUCUCGAUCCACAUAUCAGUAGCAAUCAUUAUAAUGGUGAAAUUGAGUUUUUAUUCAAUCAUUGUCAAGGUAAAUAUUUUGAAUUAUUUCUAAUAAAAUGUGAACUAUGUUGUAUAAAGCAAGGUCUUCUUGUACGUUCACAUGUGGCUAAUAAAACGGUUCGAUAUAAAAUUGAUGGUUUAGCUAAUGCAGCAUCUAAACAGACAUUCUUAUUGACAAGAAACGGUCAUAGUUCUGAUACUACAGUCGAAGAUUAUUAUAAAAAGGAAUAUGGAAUUAAAUUAAAGUUAGUAUAUUUAAUACCGCUCUAUAUCAUGUAG